CAAAGAAAAUAUCGAUGGUAACUGUGAUGGUAGAUGCAUUUAAGAAAAAAAAUAAGUCGUUUUUGUGAUAAUUUUUGUGAAAAAAAGGUAGUUUUGUGUCAAAAAACCAGUUUAAAAAUGUGGUUGAGUUUGAAAGCGAGUUAAUUCGGACGGUGGCAAUAAUUUUUUCAUUAAAAAAGAUGCAGAAAACAGGGUUUCCUGUGCAGCACUUUUGGUUACAAAUAUUAAUGUGUAUUUAAUUUAAUAUUGUGUUGUGUGAUUGUGUCCGACAGGAUUUAAGAUGAAUUCAGUCGUUUGUAAUUGUUUUAAAAUUGAAUGAGCGUUGGGGUUGUUAGUAAUGUUAAUUAAUUAACGUGAGUGGUGUUGGUGUAGAGAAGGGAGGACGGGGCUCCUCCUAAACCAUUGAUAUGGUCACGAUGAACUCCGACAAGGCUGCCACCAAGCGCAAGCCGGAGCCUAACAAUGGGGGCUGUACCGGAACUAGUACUAACGAAGACUCUGUCCAAGCACAAACCCCGUCUGUCACUGAGGAGUCCCCCAACCACCUCUUAUACAAAAAGAUGGAAAAAAUUGUUGAAAAAAUGCAAGAUGAGACCACGGGGGUGCCGGUUCGUACUGUGAAGAGCUUUAUGUCUAAGAUCCCUUCAGUAUUCACAGGUUCUGAUUUAAUAAUGUGGAUGAUGAAAAACCUAGACGUUGAAGAUCAACAAGAAGCCUUACAUCUAGCACACCUCAUGGCCGCUCACGGAUAUUUUUUUCCAAUUGACGAUCAUAUGCUUACCGUCAAAAACGAUAAUACUUUCUAUAGAUUCCAAACGCCCUACUUUUGGCCCUCUAACUGCUGGGAACCUGAGAAUACUGACUAUGCUGUCUACCUUUGCAAAAGAACAAUGCAGAACAAAACACGACUAGAACUUGCCGACUAUGAGGCCGAAAAUCUGGCCCGCCUUCAAAAAAUGUUUUCACGAAAGUGGGAAUUUAUUUUCAUGCAAGCUGAAGCCCAGAGCAAAGUUGAUAAGAAGAGAGAUAAGCUGGAGAGGAAGGUCUUGGACAGCCAGGAGCGGGCCUUCUGGGAUGUGCAUCGUCCAAUGCCUGGGUGCGUGAACACUACCGAGAUUGAUAUUAAGAAAGCGUGCCAAAUGAACAAGCCUUUGCAUGGGUUGAAGAACAUGCACGUUGGCCCCCCACGAAUGUCCCCAUCAACAUCCGGUGUGAACAGUAAUAGUUCUCAAGACUUACUCAAGAAGCAAAUCGCACUUUUGAAUUCCAGGUUAGAGAGAAGAAACAUCAAAGUAUCGAAAGCCGCUGAAUCAUUUGUAGCAUAUUAUGAGCAGUAUUUGGAAUAUGACAGUUUUUUCGUUGCGCCUGAAUACCCAAAUCCUUGGAUAUCCGACAAUCCCGAGCUGUGGGAACAGGAGAAACAAGCCAAAGACAUAUCAGCCCGACGGGUAAAACGCUGGGCGUUUAGUUUGCAAGAGUUGUUGCAAGAUCCGAUCGGACGGGAACAUUUUGUUAAGUUUCUCGAUAAGGAGUUUAGUGGAGAGAAUCUCAAGUUUUGGGAAGCUGUCCAAGAACUGAAAGCACUGCCACAAAGCGAAGUCCAGAAUAAAGUCCAAGAUAUUUGGAUGGAGUUUUUAGCCCCGGAUGCAAGCUGUCCAAUCAACGUCGAUUGUAAGUCCUAUGAAAUAACCAAGAAGAAUAUGGAAAGCCAGGACAGAUGGAGCUUUGAUUGUGCAGCGGCUCACGUGUAUCAUUUGAUGAAGAGUGACAGUUACUCAAGGUACCUAAGAUCGGAAAUGUACAAGGAGUUUUUGAACGGAUCGAAGAAAAAAACAUCGGUGAAAGGGAUUCGCUCCAUCGUGUCAUUUUCAGCACGUAAAGACAACGUAACUUAAAUUAAAAAUCGAAAACAAUUACGUGAGUCUCAAAAUUUCAUUCUAAUUAUGACUUAUCCAAAUAUUGGUAAGUUCAUCUAUCGACAAUACAAAUAUUGCCAGUGGCAGAAUUUUUGUUGACUUAAUUGUUUGGACAACUUUACUAGUUGUAAAUGUCAAAAAUUAUGUUUACCUGUUCCGUAUAUAUUUUUGGACGAAGUUAUGCAUGGCGUUUAGUAAAUUGAUAUUCUAUAAUGAUGGAACUCAUGAUAUUAAUUGUGUUGUUGUUUUAACAGUUAUAGUGACCCAGUGAUAUUACUAGAAACAGUCUGUUCUUAUGAUAUUAAAAAAUGUAAAUAAAGUUACUAGCACUAAAACGAUUUAUUGCUAUGUGAUACAUGCACAAACAAGUUUGAUUUUUCGAAAUAACUAUAUAUUUGUAUAACAAAGAGAAAUAGUGAGUGUACAUAAAUGUGUAUAUAAAGUUAUUAUUUGAACUGUGUCACUGUAUCUGUUUUAAUUUGUAGUUAAUUUAAAGUCUGUGCAGUGUAGUUUCACCACUUUGAGGCAUUUAGUAAAAAUAAAACACUGCCAUAUACAAAUUAACUAAUUUUAGUUAAUGUAUGAAAAAAAAAACAAAUUGUAUAAGUGAGCGCUACCAUAUAUUUUUUUUAAUUAAUUUAUUUAGCAGAGAUGUAACGCUAUAGUAUUAGUGAAAUAAGAAUAGGCCGCACCAAUUUUUUCCCUUAGACAGUGCAAUUACAAUAUCACCAAAUCAUUCAUGAUUGGUACAUUUGUAUAGGUUCAAAAAUUGCCAUAUGAUUUUUCAUAGUGUAUCCACACUGAGGAUUGGAGAGAUAAGAACUCCUCCGUGCGGUACACAUUGAAAAUUGAGGUAAAAGUCUUUAUCAAAGCCAGCGCGAUGUAAUUGCACAAAUCGACGAUUUUCCACAACCACUUGAUCGACCUCCUGCUCAGACUCUGGAAGUUGACCUCAAUGCCCCCUUUGUCCUCCCGAUCUGCGACAGACGCCCGAUACCCGGAGUCAGAUUGACUGGCGAUAAAUUAUCAAUGAUGGUGAAUUUCAUCAGUCUCCUUGAUGUGGGGCGAAUCCGUAAUGAUGUUGGCGAUGGGUGUCGAAGCCAAAUUGUUGUAAAGUCGAGGCGUGAAAAACGAUAUUUGCGUUUGGAAGUCUGUUCCGGCUUUUCUUGUUCACGGGGGUGCUCUUGAUGGAGGAACUAGGAGGCUGGUGGGGGGUACAUUUGGGGGUUGUAACGGGGUAUUGUCGUGACUGGGGACCAGGGUCUCACUUUUCUUGCGUCGAACCAUUUCUUUCUAACCGUCACUUAUGUCAAACUAUGAAGUUUCAAAUUUAGGGAAUUUAGGGAAAAUGACACUAGAUUAAAUUUUCUCAAUAUUGGUGUACAAUGCUUAGAAAAUAUACUGAUAAUUAUGUUAUAAAGGAAUUGAACCAUAUUGUCUCAUUGAUUAUCCAUAUGUAGAUGGAUGAUUCCACACAGAAUUCCAAUAAAUUAUAUCAUACGAA